GGGGUCUGCUGUGGAGCAGCGAAGGGACUCACUCCAUUCUCUCUCCGUUUGGGUGAUACGUGUGUCAGCUGGACGGAACCGAAACACACGGGAGUGAACAACAUUCGGUAAAAAAUGUGAACGACAAGUCCGCUCAACAAAAGCGUGCCCAAAAGAGACCGAAAAAAUGGACUCUGCGGGGAACAACACCAAGAAGAAGAAGAAGAAGUUGUGGCUCUGUGGUCUCCUUUGGUGGUCGCUCCUGCUCGAGCUGACGUCUGGAGCUUCCUUCUACGGAGACGGCUUCAUCCAGCUGAAGGCAACAGAGUCGUCCGACCAAAACGUGCUCCGCGUUCGCUUCCGCACCUCCAGCACCGACGGGCUGAUGUUUCUCGCUGCCGGCCAGGCCUCCUACUUCCUACUAGAGCUCCACGCUGGUCGCCUGCAGGUGAAACUGGACCUUGGAUCAGGGGAGCAGGUUUUAGAGUCAGAACGAGGUGUCCAGCUUAAUGAUUUGGCCUGGCAUUCAGUGGAAGUCCACCAUUUGCAUUUAAACGUCACUUUGACUGUCGACAAAAACUCUCACACAAGCAUAAAGAUGCCUGGCUCUCUUCGAUAUCUCCACAUUAAAGAUGGUCUUUAUGUUGGAGGCACGGGAGGCUUGGACAAAAUCUAUCUUCCAAGAGACUUAAUCGGCUUCCGAGGCUGCAUGGAUGAGGUGGUGUUCAAUCAACACGACUUGCUGUCAUCCCUGAGGCCGUACACUGGAUUCAAAAAUAUUUAUGAAGUCUCAUUAGGCUGCAGUCCCCAGUUCUUCGCCACUGAAGAAGAUCCUAUCAGCUUUUUCAGUUCCAGGGCCUAUAUUUCCCUACCUACUUGGAUUCAUCAUCAUCAUCAUCACCAUCAUCAGCAGGCUACAUUUGAGUGUGUUGUGCACACCUCAGCCACAGAGGGUGUAAUCCUCUACAGUUCAGCCAGGGAUGAAGGCUUUGUGGCUCUGGAGGUACAGGAAGGUUUUCCAGUAGCUGUUGUAGGCAAAGGUGGAGUCAAAACCGAGCUACGUUCUCAAACAUCCAUCAGUGACAGAAAAUGGCAUUCUCUCAAGUUGCAAUUCAGUUCCAGAAACCUUCAGCUAACAGUGGAUGAAGAAACGGUGAAGAGCAGCAUUAGCUCUCACUCAAAGAGGCUUCAUCUCAAAGGUUUUCUUUUUGUUGGCGGCAUUGAUGAUGGUACCAGGUUAGAGGCGAGAAAGGCAGGUCUUGUCUCUGUUUCAGGAAGGCGUGUCAGAGGUGGCUCCUUCAAAGGAUGUUUAAGGAACAUUGAAAUAAACAAAGUUAAGAUGGGUCUCUCUAAAGCAAUAGUCACCAAAGAUAUCUCAGUAGGUUGUGAACCAGAGAAACCACCAGACGAAUCAACCGCCGUGAGUCCUACAAGUACACCGAAACCAGUUUUGUACAUUGUAACGCCAACAUCGUCUCUUCAGAUGUCAACCCUUGCAGUUGGCUUGGACAAAAGGUACGGCUCACAUUUUGUGCAUCUUAAAAGUCUUGUGGUCCAAGAAGGUGGUCGAGCCUCCCUUGAGGCCAAACAUAUCAAGAUAUUCCUGGACUUCAAGACACUUGGCAUUCGACAGUCUCAAAUUAUGUUUAGAAUUGAGGAGCAGCCAGUUAGAGGUCAGAUAAGACUUGAUGUCGAUGAGGACCAAGAGGAGAACACCUUUAGCAUGUUGGAUCUUUGGCACGGGAGAGUGAUGUAUGUCCAUGGAGGCUCUGAGGAGCCAGAUGACUUCUUCAUGUUCUCAGUGCGUUGUAGCAGCAGAAAAGCAGUUCCUGAUUAUUUGAAAGGCAGCAGACUAUACCGCUACAACAUAACUGUGACACCAACCAACGAUGCACCCGAAUUAAGUCUCCCUGAAGGAAAUCUCUUUGUCUUGUUGGAAAAAUCUAAGAAGCGUCUCACCACAGAGGUUCUGAAAGCAACAGACAUAGACAGCAACUACACCGACCUCGUAUUCUCUGUACUGGGAAAUCUGAAUGCUGAUGCAGGGUACUUGGAGACGGAGAGCGACCCAGGCAAGGCUGUGACUGCAUUCUCAUACGUUGACCUAAAUGAAUUGAGGGUAUACUACGUCCACACAGGUGUGAGAAAUUCAAGGAUAGUUCUGAGAGUUAGCGAUGGAGACAAGGUCAGCAACACUGUGGUUCUAAGGGUCAUGGCCGUAGAGCUAGAGUAUAAGAUUGCGAACAACACUGGUCUUGAGAUCACCCAAGGAGAAACCGCUAUUAUUAGCUCAAAGCAGUUGGCCGUGCAAACGAAUGCAGUGAAACAAACUGUAGACAUCCGCUAUGAUAUCAUCGAACCACCACGGUUUGGAGAACUCCAGAGACUUCACUCAAGUGGGGAAUGGAGGCACACAGAGUUUUUCUCACAAAGACUUCUAGAGAAAGAGCGCCUCAGAUACGUUAGCACCUUCCAAGACAUCCAGACCUCCAAUGUCACUGAUUAUUUCAAGUGCAGAGUUAAUGUGGCUGCGAGAGCAAACACUGAAAUACUUUUCUCCAUUGCUGUUAAGUGGGUGAAGUAUCAUUUGGCAAGGAAUGUCAUGAUGAAUAUGGAUAAAGUUAGAAAAGUGACCCUAAACUCAGAGCACCUUCUUGCAAGAGCCGAAAGUGUGGCCCUCUCAGAUGAUGACCUUUAUUUCCGGGUUCUAACAACACCGAAGAAAGGAAAACUCCUUCUUGACGGCACGGUUUUGAUGAAGAACUCAACCUUUAGCCAAAAGGAUCUAACAGAUGAAAAAGUCCAUUAUGAGCUAGUUGACAGACCGUUUGAGGACACAACUGACAGGUUCAAAUUUCAGCUGGUCUCCAAACACGCACAGUCUGAAAAUUAUGAUUAUCAGUUUUCAAUCAAAGCCGAUAUCAACACUGUGUUUAUGAGAAACGAAGGCCUCUCCCUUCUGGAGGGAGAAAGUAGACUCAUCACCAAAGAUGAGCUCUUUGCAGAGACUUUAAGCACACGGGACAUGUUCUACACGGUCAUAAGCAGCCCCAAACAUGGGAGGCUGGCCCGCAUUAGUCAAUCAAAUUCCAAUGACAGCUAUGAUAACAUCUUGACCUUCAGUAAUCAGGAUAUAAUGCAGGAACGGUUAAUGUACAUCCACGAUGACAGUGAAACGACACAAGAUCAUUUUACUUUUAUUGCCUCUACCACCCAAGGGUUCAAGUCUUCUAUUCUGGAUGACGAGCUUGGCUCUAAAGAAGGAACGUUCAACAUCUCGGUUCAGCUGGUAAAUGACCAAAAGCCGAUUCGAGUCAUCGAUAAAGUUUUCCAUGUAGUAAGGAACGGACAGAAGCUGCUCACUACAGAGGAUUUGCUUUAUCACGACGCUGACUCUGACUUUGAUGACGGCCAGCUUAUCUACACCCGGCGGGGAAUCCCAAUAGGAGACCUGGUGCUGGUCAAUGACACCACUCAGCCGCUCUUUCAGUUUCCACAGAAGGACCUGGAGGAGAGGCGGGUGUUGUUCGUUCACAAAGGUGCUAGCACCGGCAGGUUUGUUCUGUUUGUGUCAGAUGGAAAAAACUUUGUGUCAGGCCUCUUAGAUGUUAGCGCUCAUGACCCUUUCCUGAAGGCUGGCAGCAACACAGGUCUACUGGUUCAGAAAGGACAGUCGGUAUCGUUCACCACCAACAAUUUCACCAUCAUAUCAAACAUGGAUAUCCGAGAUGACCAGGAGGUCAUUAUCAAGUUGGAGGAGCCUCCCAGAUAUGGCAGUCUUUAUCGUGAUAAGACGAAGGUGGAGUCAUUCACGCAGUCUGAUCUAAAGGAUGGGCUGAUCUCCUACCAGCACGACGACGGCAACCAUCUGGCAGACCAUUUCAACGUGACUGUGAAAGCUAAAGGUCUGCAAAUUACAGAGAGAGUUAAUGUUAAGGUUUAUCUAGAAAGUCAUCAGAGGCCACCCAUCAUACAGCAUCUAGACACUUUACUGGUGGAAGAGGGAAAACCAGUGAAGAUUGAUGAAGCUAAACUGGAGGUUACCCACGAGGACAACCUGCCAUCUGAGAUUGUGUUCGCAGUCAAGGUUGCUCCGUCUCAUGGCUUUCUCCGGCGCUUUGUCGAAGCAGAGGAGCGCUACAUCGGAACCAAACAGUCGCCUGUCAAGACGUUUACCCAGGAUGACAUUAACAACGGGAACAUCCAGUACGUUCAGGUGGAGCCCAGCGAAGUAAACGACACCUUCAUCCUGGAUGCUACCAAUGGGGUCACUGACGUCAGCAACAUUAGGAUAACUGUGGACAUCAUCCCACUGCUCAUUCCCCUGCACGUCACCAAUUUCACCAUAAAUGAGGGCACCUCUAAAGCCCUGACGGAGGAUGUGCUUAAAGUCACCAAUAGGCACUUUACUGGACUGAACUUCUUUUAUAAUUUGACGAAGCCCCCUCACCACGGUCACAUCGAGCACUCUCGACAUCCUGGUGUGCCUAUAACCACUUUCACCAGGAGGCAGGUGGAACAUGAAUUUAUUUACUACGUCCACGACAGCAGUGAAACCUCGGUCGAUAAUUUUACGGUGGUGGCCAACGACACAGGCUUGAGGAAGCAGAGUGUCGCCCAGACGGUUUACAUCGAGCUUACAGCUGUUAAUGAUGAGCCUCCUGUCAUUACAGCCAACAGGGUCCUCAGGGUGUGGGUCUCAUCAGUUACGGAAAUCACACCGGGGGAUCUUAGGGUCGAGGACCUUGAUACUCCAGCAGAGGAGCUACACUUCAUGGUUACCCCACCCAGCAACGGACACCUGGCCCUUAAAAGCAACCCCAUGAAGGCAGUGCUGAACUUCACACAAGCCCACAUAGACCAAGGACAGCUGCUGUUUGUCCACAAAGGUGCCAUGUCUGGGGGAUUUAACUUCCAAGUCAAUGAUGGUGUGAAUUUUACUCCCAGGCAGAUCUUCAGCAUCACUGCCAAAGCUUUAGUUGUGAAUUUGGAAAAGAACCGUCCACUCAAGGUGUUUCCUGGUUCUUUCAGAUUGAUCACCAAUGAGGAUUUACAGGCUGUGACCAAUGACAUCGGCAGCACCUCUAACCGCACCGUUACGUUCAAUGUGAUUCGCCAUCCUAAACUGGGCCGUCUGGCGAAGAGGCAGUCUGACAACUCCACGGUGGAUAUCUCAACUUUUACACAGGACAUGGUGGACAGACAGGAAGUUCUCUACAUUCAAACGCCAAUGGAGUCGGUGGGCUGGGAAGCUAUGGAUUCAAUAACCUUUUCUGUUUCGUCACCGCCGGCCUCUAUAGACAGUCAGACGUUCAAAAUAGACAUCUCAUAUGAAAAUACAGGACCUGAACACAAUACAGUCCUUCUCAAAAACACGGGAGCCGAGGUGACUGAAGGGGAGAGUGUUGUCAUAGACGAGUUCAAGCUGGAUGCUUCCAACCUGAUGUCGAAGCUGCCCGCACCGCAGCGGAGCUCCUAUGAGGUCUGGUUCCAGGUGACGGAUCCGCCCCGGCACGGCGUCAUCGUGGUCGGUGAGAGAAACCUCACCAAGGAGAAGCCCAACUUCUCCCAGUUCAUCGUCACCAAAUACGGUGUCGUCUACAGCCACGACAACUCGGAGACGACUCGUGAUUCUUUUCUGUUCAGCGCUUGGCUGAAUCCUAAAGGCAGAACCGCCCAACGGCCUCAAGAUGAGAAGGACGUCGUUGUUGAGCGUUUUAACAUCACUGUCAGGCCGGUGAACGAUCAGCCACCCGUGCUAAAAACUAAAACCCCUGGUCUGAAGGUGGUGCAGGGAGACUGUGUAGCCAUCGGGCCCGAGCAUCUCAGAGUGGAAGACUUGGACGAUCCUCCAGAGGACAUCAGGUUCUCGGUGAUCAGCAAACCGAGCAACGGUUACCUUGGUCUGAAAGGAGCUUUGAAUGAGUCAGUAGUGACCUUCACUCAAGCUCAGAUCAACAACAGAAGCGUCUAUUUCAUCCACGACGGAAGCUCUGCCUCAGGCGUGUUUUACUUCAGUGUCACAGACGGACAUCACAAACCGGUGUAUAAACUUUUUAACAUAGAUGUUUCAGAGAUCACCAUCACCUUGGUCAAUUACACUGGAUUGUCCCUGCAGCAGGGGAAAACUGUGGUGGCUCUGACCCAGGACCAGCUCGCCGCAGAGACCAAUGGAAAGGAUGUCACCAUUCAGUACACGAUUACAAAACGUCCCAGCUUUGGCAAAGUUCUGAAGGAAAACCAGGAAGUGACGCAUUUUACCCAAGAGGAUCUGCAGACGGGAAGACUGGCCUACCACAUGACCUCACUGUCUUCCCCCGAGGACGGGUUUGAGUUUACUGCCUUCACUUCGGAGGCGAAUAUGACCGGCCAGCUGCUCAACGUGACCGUCAGACCUCUGAUCCAGGUUGGUCAAGGAGUAAAGAUUCCCAAUGGGACCCCAGUCAGGCUCAACGCCAGCUGCUUCAAUGUCUCUGACCUGGCUGCUGUAAGUGACAGCGACCCUGUCUUUGAAAUUACGUCCCAUCCUAAGUACGGAGAGGUUGUUAAGACCAGUUCUAAGAGGUCCAGGAAGUUUGUCCCAGCUGCGUCCUUCACGUUUCAGGAAGUGAUGCAGGAGAAAGUCGCGUUGCAGCUGAACGCCAACAUGACCGGCGUGGAGGAGCUGAACGAUUGCCUUGUGUUCGUGCUGAAAGCCGAUAAUGUCCAACCCGCCAAAGGGGAAUUCCACUUCACGGUCGUUCCGUUUGAUCCGGGGGUUAUCCCAACCACGACAAGCCCAGCCCCAACCACCUCACCCAUUCCUCAGACGCCCAUCAGGAUCUUCAGGAACGGGACCGCUUCCCCCGUCCCGUCUACGGUUCUCCACUCCACCCACCAACCGAGCAAAAACCAGCAAAAGUUCAAGGCCCGUAACCGCUGGGGGAACUCGAACAGGACCAGCUUUUUCAGCACGACGCUGGGGAAGCCGCCUCAGACGGAGGAGUUCCCGUUCAGGAACACGCCGGUACGCGUGGAGUCCUACCCUCAGAAAGCCUCCAACCCGCUCCUCAUCAUCCUGCCACUCCUGGCCCUCCUGCUGCUCAUAAUCAUUUUUGUGGUCGUGCUCGUCUAUUUUCGACACCACCGGCCCAGGAAACAGAACACCUCUUCACCUCAGGGGAAUCCUUCCACUGUUCCCCCCAACAGUGAGUCCUACAGCAGCCUCACCCAGAGGAGCGCCACCGUCCCCACCGUCACUGUAACUCCCCUGAACCCCACCUUCCCUGCCAGCCCCGUGUCUGGCAGGUUUCUGGCGCCGGACCAGGCUUCACCUUAUGACACAGCCCAUUCAAAUGUGCUCGUCAGUUCCUGGAGUAACGGUUCGCUUGAACCAGGGUCCCAAAUUAUUCACACCAUCCCCCCAACUCUGCAGAAGAAUCAGUACUGGGUAUAAAGACAGCGAUGGAUACAAGAUGAUGUCGAUACAAGUUUGAAUGAAUGGUACAAUUGAUUGCCUGCCAUAGAUCUCUGCAGCUGCUUUUCACAUUGUUCCAAUAAAUAGAGCACUGUAUGAUACCGGCUAUAAAAUCUCUUCUCAUGAGCUCCGUUUCCAGAAGGCAGCGGUUGCUACAAAAAGGAAAGAAACAGCUUUUUCAAAGGUUAUUAAUUAAAUAGGUCCAUUACAUUAAUUAAGCUGCUAAAGUUAAAUGUCACAGGGGGAGUUUUCCCUAAAAUAGUUAAGUCACAAGUGAUCCGUCUUUGAGCAGGAGUUGCUGAAAUGGGGUUGUGUCUGUACGUUUGGCUUUGUUUCUGCCGUGCAAACCGAGCAGAACUGAGCAGCUGACUUGGGAAUAAAAUGAGAUCUUUGCAUUUUAAUGCCUCUUCAGAUCUGCUGGAUAUUAAAUCAUGACCUAAAUGGGCCAGAAAUGCUUCUCCCUUGCAUAGAUAUGGCUAACAUUUGGGGAAACAAUCCUGUAUGUGCAGGUGCGUUCGCAACUUACUACCACCUGUGGUAAAGAUGUAUAAAAAUGAAUGAUAAUAAACAAAUCAUAUUCUGUAGCAGUAGCAUAAUCUGAUACUGUAACAUUUAGAGCAAUACACAGAUUAAACUAAACAGACUUAUUAUGCGGGGAUAGAAAUCCCACAUUAAGAAACUCUUCAACAGUCUGUUACAUUCCAUUUAAAAGCUGAAGCUUAAACUGAACUGAAACUUCUUUAUAGAUCUGUACUUUUUAAAAUUUAAUUAGGAACUACUUAUUAAUAACACACAGCCUUCUGCUUCCCUGGAGUGUGAAUACGGCAUGAGGCCUAUUUCUUAUAGCCACUGGCUAUUAGGCUGGUCGAGCAGGAAGCUUUUUCCCCCACAAAAUGAAUUCAAGGCUGGACUUCUCAACGUUUCAGUGUGAGAUUACGCUGCUGCAAUAAAAGGAGUUUAUUUUAAGGGUCUUUACGCAUCUUCACCAGAGGUGCCAACGACACUGUAAACUUAAUGAAGCCGAUUUCGGUGUUUUCUUUCGGUUUAAUCGCUCGCUGGAAACCGACACGUACCUCUCGUUGUUGUUGUUGGACAGAAGGGAAACAUUUCUGGAUCUAAAUGUCAGAGGAAGAGGAGGAGGAGGAUAACAGCUCCAUACUGUGAAUUACUGAGACUGGCACAAAGAUUUAUGUUCAGAGUAUUUCUAUCGAUUGUUGAGAUUUUAUAUUAUGCGUUAUGCAAGUAUAUAAAAGAAUAGGUUUUUGGUUGACUCAGGUUUAUUUUUAUUUUUUUUAACACAAAGCGUGUUCCAAUUAUUAAAGGCAGUAAUCCUUACAAUUCUAAGUAACAGACUUGGCAGGAUUUUCACAAGUUUUCCUUAAUCACCACUGUUUUCUUUAGAAACACAGUAGUUUAUAAGUAUGCCCUUUAAUGUGGUUUUACUUUAUAAUACUCACUGUUUUUACUAUUAUUUCUAAUUCACUUAGGCACUGACUUAACAUACGCUGCAGAUUUAACUGCAUGGUACCCGACUGCUAUUUAAAACUGAAAAUAAAACUAUAAUCCACUACUGGUGUUAAUCUUUACAGGUGUUUUUUUUUUUUUUGUCUCUUUCUAACAGAAUUUUUUUUUUAAUUUAAAUCAACAAAACUACUGAGAAGUCUUGGUGAGACGAACAGGAGGAAGUUUAUAAUGACUGAAAGGAGCUCUUUUUUUAUCUCAUUUUAUCAAAUUCAGGCUGACGUCUGUCCAGAUAUGGAUGUUCUGUUCUGCAGAUGACCUCGCGCUGCUGUAAAGAAGCGGUUCUGUUGUGAUCUGCUGCGCGGUGAAAUGAGAAAGGACUGCUGUCGGGGGGGAGAAAAAAACACUGCAAAUGUAUUAGUUGUGAAAUAAUUUUGUACUGAAAAGAAUCAUUUAUGUAUCCCAGUCUAAUCUAAGUGUUAAAAUCUACUAUGUAAGAGAAGUGUUGUAUUUAUUUAUACUGUAUUUUUAAUAAACUACUUUAAAACCA